AUGUCUUACAAAAUCGAAGCCAGCCAGCUGAAAAUAGCUGAAAAGCUGGUGGUGUUGAAUAACCGGGCUGUUGGAAUGAUGACAAGGAUGUAUAAUAUAAAGAAGUCUAGUGGUGAUUCAAAAGUUAAACCAUAUUUUUUGAGCGAUAAAAAAAUGGAAGGAGCAAUCAAGCAUAUUGUUAGAAAGUUUCCAGUUGUUGAUUGUCGAUCAAAUACAUCAACGUUCGAACAUGUUCAAGCAAUGUCUGCUGAGGUGACAAAGUCUUUGUCGCUGUAUUAUUAUACAUUUGCCGAUCUUCUGGACUUGAAAGAUCAUAUUAUGCAAGUUCUCACGACAAUGGAAACUUGUCAAUGCCAAUUGGAUGUGACUCUGAACUACGAUUUGACGACCGGAUAUUUGAAUCUGGUCGUUAAUCUUAUCACAAUGAUGAUUCUAUUGUCGAGAAUAGAAGAUAGAAAAGCAGUUCUCGGUCUUUUCAAUGCAGGAUACGAUCUCCAGCAUGGCCAGAGUGAAGCGUCGUUCCCACGCCUUGGUCAGAUGAUUCUUGAUUAUGAAAAUCCACUGAAGAAACUCAGUGAAGAUCUUGGGCCAUUGAAUCGGUUAAUUUUCUCGGCGCUUUCAUCGGUCGGUCCAUCCUAUUUACGCAGGAACAAAACAGCAGAAUACUGGAGAACGUCUAACAUCUUCUCUUUAACAGCAGCUCCAGGUCAAAUCCUUUAUGCUGCACAAACCGAAACAAUGGCUUGCGAAUAUCUUUCUAUUGACAUCAUUGAUCGUUGGAUAAUAUUUUGUGCAACAAUUUGUCAUUCGUCUCUCUUGAAUGAUGCGAACAUCCUCUCGAUGUGGCAAGCCGCUGUUCAAACGAAUUUCUGCAUACGCCUUUUCCGAGACGAGACAUUCCUUACUCAUCAAGAAAUUCAAACGUAUUUCGAAUCAACAAAAGAUAAAAGCAAACGGUUGCAAGAUCUAAAAGAAGCAAUACACAUGUCUUCCUCUUCAAUCGGUGUGCAUGCGGACCGUCGUCGUUUUCUACGCAGCUCACUUCGAGAGCUUUCGCUAUUACUUCGCGACCAGCCUGGUUUGCUUGGUCCGAAAAUAUUGUAUGUGUGGAUGGCGUUGGGAGCAGGAAGAGAUGAAGUCAUAUGGUUGCUCAGACACCAAGUAGAAAUGCCCUUGAUUGCUAAGAAAGGAAACAAAACCAUCGAUGAGCUCAUAGAUCGACAAAUUCCAGAGCUCUUGUUUUAUAUGCUUGAACUUCGCGAUCUUGUUGUGAAGUAUUCAGCAAUCAUUCAGCGAUACUAUUUACAGUACGUAUCCAGUUAUGAUUCAAUUGUGGUAACAGAGGAAAUCAAUCACGCGUCCGGACUCUCUACAGACGAGGCAAUCCUUCUGACUGACUUCGCCAAUUCGAUUUCAAACAUCAACUCUGACACGGAUCUUCGAGCUCUGCGGUUGGACUGGUUCCGUUUUCAAGCAUGGGUUUCUGUCUCUCGAAACAACUUCCAACUCUUGAAACACCGAAAACUAGCCAAUUUCAUGAACACAUCGGUGUUCCAUCUCAAAAUGAUUGAUCUACAAGAUGAAAUGCUUCGCGAAACCAGUGACCUAUCAAUUUAUUGCUUUUAUCCAAAGUUAGCAGAAAGACACUGGAUCAAUUGUCUCCAAUUGCCCGCUCAAGCCCGAUACGUGCUCAGUUUUGCCCGUCUCGCUGGUCAUUUCACCAGUGCACUUCACGACAUGUGCCCUGAGGAGAAAACGUUCAUUACCGAAAAGGCACUGGCUCAAUGUAACUCGGUUAUUGAAGAAACGUGCAGGCAAGUUUCGUUUGUACUGGAAAAGGUAGCGGAACACGAGUUUGGACUUGCUUAUCAAAUGACUCCAAGUGCUGUUUCCGUUCGAGUAAUUGCUCAAGUCUUACAACAAAAAGGUGGGAAAGCUGCUGCAGCAGCGGCAGCUGCGGCGAAAGACUAUUUUGUCGCCGGAGAAGAAAGUCACCGCGUUGAUCGUCAGGCCUUGACUAUGCCAGAUAAACUUCAGACAACACUUCUGGAAUUAUGUGCGGCCCUUGGAGUCCAUCGUCAGAUUCAUGUGGCAGAUCAUACGUUUGCUCCCCGAACAUAUCUUUCACAAAGCCUAGAGAGCACAUUCGUGGACCUCCUACAUAGAAUGUUGUGGGAAGGUCAAGAAAAUGCGAGUAACCCAAGAAGGCCUAGUGAAAUGCUUCUCGCUCUUCAAGCAUACAUGACUGUCUUCCAGAAUUUGGACACUGCUAUUUCUGUGGAUAUAAGCAACACCAUGCAAGCGAUUCUCCUUCAACAAACGCAGUCUGUAGAUUCUAGAAAUAAAGACACAAUCACUGCUUUCUACACAAAAUGGUAUCUGGAAGUUCUUCUUCGUCGGGCAUCAGCUGGUCACAUGAUCUGGAGUGAGCAUCAACGAUCAAUGUUAGCAUAUGGACAGGAGAUACUGCCGGUCAUGCCCGACCAAUAUUCUGAUCCACAAGAAUUGCGUGCACUUGUUCAAAUCAUUGGACCAUAUGGAAUCAAGUUUAUGUCGGAGAGAUUGAUUUGGCACGUUGCUAGCCAAAUAAUGGAAAUGAGCAAGAUCGUUGGAAGUUAUAAGGAAGCUCUGCAAGUAGCCAGAUCUAAUUUUGACAAUGCAGAGAAGAUGAAAGAAGUAUUGAACAUUUUGAGCGCUGAACCUAAAGAUAAAAAGGGAACAAACACUCCAUGUGCUGCCGAUGCGAUUUUGCAACGAACUAUUAUAAUCGGACAAAUAUGUGCUUUCCGGGAUGCUCUUCAUGACGCUUUGAGGGAUGUUGUCGACUCGAAAUUACCAUUUUUGCAAUCUUCGUUUAAUAUGUUUUAUCAAAAUCUGGAUUACGUCGCCAAAGUGAAAAUGGGUGAAAUGUCAGCGGCGCUGGGUGUGAAAGGACCCGUUGAUAUGUCGUUGGUAAAUGCUGUUCGAGCACAGAACCAAAAUGCCCAUCCCCAAGAACAUUACAUAAACAGCUGCCUAUUAAUGGUAGCAAUUGCCGUUUCUAUCCCUCGGAUCGGAAUGGUGGAUCAGUCUACCUAUAAACCUAGCAUCCAAGCUGCAUUGAACAAUAGCCACUGUGUUCCAAUUGCUAUCAACACUAUCGGAUCAGCACUGUUUCAUUUGCAUGAUCAAAACGAUAUACCAAUGAGAAUGAAAGAGUUUUUGGCUCUUGCAUCCUCUGGAAUCCUCAGAACUAUCCACGAAAGGGACAAUGGCAGAACCGCCCCAGAUGAUGCUCUCCGUUCACAUAAUACCCUCUAUAUCAUCUUGGAACAGAUGGUUCGCAAAAACCACUGGAUUUCGAUGAAUGUUCUCGAGGCUUGCUUCCCUUACAACCUCGUUCGGACAGCUUAUCAGCAGUGCUACGAAGCUGAACCCCAGUAA